AUGGAAAACUCGCCCCGAGAACCUAAGAGUUCACAAGACUCGCCGAGAUGGCCUGAUAAACGCGCAUUAAGAUCAUCACCAGAGCGCUGGCAGGCUAAUAGAGACUCGGAAAAGUCUUACCUUCCUCUUUCACCGCCGCCUACGCUUAAGAAGGAAUACUCAAAGGAGAAACUACCGGCAGUCGCGAACGUACCAAAACCAAAGAAGCUUCUGCCAGCACUACAGCAAUGUACUUCAAGGACGCGCAAACCGCGGCUGCAAUACCGGCCAGCACUCAACUCUGUCUUUGACUUAGAACUUUACAUUUCGGGAGCAAGACACUCACCGCACUGCAGUGAGAUGAACGCCCGAUUUUUGCGUUAUGCCUUGCAAUACAGCAAGCGCACGGUGGUCAUCGCUGGUGCAGGAGUAUCCACAGAUGCUGGCAUUCCAGACUUCCGAUCUGCAGAUGGACUAUUUUCGAAGUUAAAGAGUCCGGGUCUCAGCUCAGGUAAAGACCUCUUCGAUUUCAACGUGGUUUACUCAGAUGCGGCGAUGAAUCUUAAGUUCAAUUCCAUGAUAACCCAACUGCAUGCCCAGUGCCAAGAAGUCAAACCCACCCGGUUUCACCGACUGCUCAAUUCUAUAGCACAAGAAGGUAGGCUUCGUCGAUUAUACACCCAGAACAUAGAUGGCCUAGAGGACCAAACUUCACAUCUGCAGUCCAAGACGCCACUGGAACUACCGUUUCCCACGACUAUUCAAUUGCAUGGAAGUAUAAAACACAUGGCGUGCAAUAAGUGCUCUAAAAUCUACCACUUUGACCCGUUGAUUUUCAAAUGUCAAGAUGAUCGUACGGAUGUCGAGCUAGUUCCUUCCUGCCCACAGUGUACAGAGUUUGAGGCUGUGCGAGCAGUGGCUGGUAUGCGCUCACAAGGCAUUGGAAAACUGCGUCCUAGAGUUGUUCUUUACAACGAGAUUCAUCCCGAAGGUGAGAGCAUAGGAAGCGUGGUUCUGAAGGAUCUGAAAGGCAAGCCAGACUGUUUGAUAAUAGUUGGAACCACGCUUAAGAUCCCGGGAGUUCGCACCAUGUGCAAGCAGUUUGCGCGCAAGGUUCACGACUCUCGAGGGAUAGUUAUAUGGAUUAACAAUGAGCCUCCAGCCAAGACGCUUGAGGAAUUCGUGGAAUGCAUAGAUCUAGUGGUGAUUGGGGAUUGUCAAAAUGUCUCAGAAAUACUAGAAUAA